AUGCCUAAAGGAAAAGUCAAAAUAAAUUGUGUAGUAAUCCGUGGAAUAAACGAAAAAGAAGUAAUUUCCUUAGUAGAAAUUGGAAGAGAAUUAUCAUUUAAUAUUCGUUUUAUUGAAUUUAUGCCCUUUGCUGGCAAUAAUUAUGAAAUGAAGAAAUUUGUGUCCUAUAGAGAAAUGUUGGAAAAUAUUGGGAAAUAUUAUGGAAUUGAAAAUAUUGAGAGAUUAACUGAUGGACCUAAUGAAACUAGCAAAUCAUAUCAAGUUAAAGGAUUUGUUGGCAAAUUUGGAUUUAUUUCUAGUAUGAGUGAACAUUUUUGUGGGUAA